AUGUAUCAGGGGGACGACAUGAAUAACCCCAGAUUCUGGUCAAAGGUUUGCCUGCACAAGAUUGCUAAGUUAACCAAGGAAGCUACAACCGUACGGCGUGUAUUAGAAUCUUUGUUCCGGUAUUUUGAUAAUGGAGAUCUCUGGUCUCCUAAACAUGGGCUCGCACUGUCUGUCUUGAUGGAUAUGCAGUUAAUAAUUGAAAAUUGUGGGCAGAACAGGCACUUCAUGUUGUCCAUCUUUAUUAAGCAUCUUGAUCACAAGAAUGUUCUUAAGAACCCAAAUAUGCAGCUGGACGUUGUUGAUGUUGCCACCUCUCUUGCUCGAGAAGCAAAGAUCCAAUCAUCAGUUGCUAUAAUUGGUGCUCUAAGUGAUAUGAUGAGAUACCUGCGGAAAAGUAUACAUUGCUCACUUGAUGAUUCAAAUUUGGGGGCCGAAGUAAUUGAAUGGAACCGAAAAUUUCGAGCAGCAGUGGAUGAGUGCCUUGUGCAGUUGACACAUAAGGUAGGAGAUGCAGGUCCUGUUCUUGACAUGAUGGCCGUGAUGUUAGAAAACAUGUCUAACAUUACUGUUAUGGCUAGAACCUUGAUUUCUACUGUUUACCGUACUGGUCAAGUUGUGGCGACAAUACCUAAUUUGACAUAUCAAAACAAGACAUUUCCUGAGGCAUUAUUUCAUCAAUUACUCGUAGCUAUGGUCUGCAUGGACCAGGAAAGCAGGUUGGGCACACACCGCAUUAUUUCAUCUGUUUGCCCUCGUCCUUGUGCUGCUGUGCCCAUUACUACAAAGAACAAUAAUAUUGGAAGGACCCUCUCUAGAACUGUAUCAGUAUUUUCUUCAUCAGCUGCGCUCUUUGAAAAAUUAAACCAUCAAUCUCACUCACAGGAAAAUAUUACUCAAGAGAUGAAGGACAAAGUUGUAAUUGUGGAAGAAGCAAAGGUUCCUAACGAGUCCAUGUUGAACAGAUUGAAGUCCAAAUUUAGUUCAAGAAGGCAUCCAUCAGCUACAAGUGAGUCUGUCGGUAACGAGGAUGGUUCGGUCUCAGUAAUCACUCCGUGA